AUGGCAGCCAACAACCACACGGCUGUGGUGGAGUUUGUCCUGCAGGGUUUCUCUGAAGACCCUCGGCUCCAGGUUCUCUUCUCAGCCUUCUUUCUCCUCCUCUACCUCAUGGCUUUUGCAGGAAAUGUCAUCAUUGUCAUGGCCAUUGGCCUGAAUCCCAGCCUUCACACCCCAAUGUACUUCUUCCUCACGAACUUGGCCCUGUUGGAUGUUCUCUGCACAUCCACUGUCCUCCCCAAACUUUUGGAGGGCCUGGUGGCCACCAGAAGCACUAUCUCCUAUGGCGACUGCAUGGCCCAGCUCUUCUUUCUGACCUGGUUUCUGGGGGCUGAACUGCUGCUGCUCACAGCCAUGGCCUAUGACCGCUACGUGGCCAUCUGUCGCCCACUGCACUACCAUGUGCUGAUGAGCUGGCCCUUCUGCGUCCUGCUGGCUGGCAGUGUGUGGGUGGUCAGUGCAGUGAGCACCUCUGUACACACGGGCCUGAUGGCUCGGCUCCAUUUCUGUGGUCCCAACCAGAUCCACCACUUCCUGUGCGAAGUCCCUACCCUGCUGCUGCUGUCCUGCAGUCCAACCACACUGAACGACAUCAUGAUCGUCAUUGCAGAUGUCUACUUUGGCGUGGUCAACUUCCUGCUCACUGCCCUGUCCUACGGCUGCGUCGUCGCCAGCGUCCUGCGCAUGCGCUCGGCUGCGGGCAAGCGCAAGGCCUUCUCCACCUGCUCCUCCCACCUGCUGGUGGUCACGCUGUACUACUCCACCGUCAUCUACACCUACAUCCUCCCAGGCUCCAGCUCCUCCGCGGAAAAUGGCAAGGUGGUUGCCUUGUUGUACACCGUGAUCAGUCCCACUCUGAACCCCCUCAUCUACUCCCUGAGGAACAAGGACGUCAAAGUGGCCCUGGGGAAGGUGUUUGCCUGCACUUGGAGGAGGAGGGAAGGCCAGUGA